ACCCCUGCUUGCUCAAUACUCUCGCCAUGUUCAAUAAAUAUUCUCUUUAAACAACUGAUUAGAGAACAAGAACAGCGUUCAGUAUUGCAAAGAGGUCGGUUUUUGAUGUAUGCAUUUUGGUAAAGACAGACAGGAGUGACUGGCUGUAGAUCCGGCUUGUCAGAAAGUUAGAAAGCGAUAGCCCCGUGUUGGUGGUUGUCAGUCAGUGGUGAUGGCACAACAGUUCCUACAUCUAUUGCUGUCUACGCUCCUUUAUGGGGAGUCACCGACGGGUCGAAAUGGGGGCGGUGACCUCAGCCAUCAUUGGAGCUACAAGGGCGAGGCAGGCCCGGCCAACUGGUCGUUGCUAUAUCCGACGUGUAGCGGCACCAGACAGUCCCCUGUGAAUAUACAAGAUAGGAACAUCAUAUACCAGGAGUUACCUCCCUUUCGGUUCAACAACUUCGAUGGCUCAAGAACGGCAUUCAGACUUACCAACAACGGUCAUACAGCAAGUAUAUCCAUAUUUGGUAACAUGUCUGUGGAGGGAGGUGGCCUGGAUGGUCAGUACAACACCGCCGAGCUCCACUUCCACUGGGGCAGUUCCAACAACCUCGGCUCUGAACACUCCAUUAAUGGCAGAAAAUACCCCUUGGAGAUGCACAUCGUAAGUUAUGCCACCAAAUAUGGAAGCUUAUCAAACGCCAUGAGGUUCAGAGACGGUCUGGCCGUACUGGGGACGUUUUUCGACGUAACUAGGGAAAAUCCAUAUUUCAGACCAAUUGAAGACGGAUUGAUUCGAGCAAAGUAUGCUGGGAACUAUACCGAUCUACUAUCUGUGAAUCUGCUGGGACUAAUUCCGGCUGACACGUCACGCUAUUACCGUUACUACGGCAGUCUGACCACGCCCCCUUGUCAUCAAAGCGUCAUGUGGACAUUGUUUGAGGAUGUUCAAUACAUAUCUCCAUAUCAGAUCCAUAUGCUAAGACGUCUAUAUGAGUCUCACCAUGAUUCUCAUGAUCAUGGAGGUCACGGAGGUCAUGCAGAGGGUAGGAGGCAAGGAGGUCAUGGCUUCGCAAGCAACCAUAACACCCCAAUGAAAGCUUUACCUCUUGAAGAGUUCCUCAUGGACAACUACCGGCCCACCCAACCUCAUUUCGAUCGAGUCAUUAAUUGUAACAUCCUACGCUAUGCGGAUCCCCAAUAUAUACAACAGUCACGAUUGCAACUUGACAGCCAGCCAAGGCAAAAUGAUUUUAUAACGCAACGACUGUCUCAAAUAAAUGUUGACGCUUUGUUCAACAAGACCCUUCAACGAUGGCUUCAAAGCAAGGGUUUAUCUCCUAACGCCUUGACCCCUGAACAACUGGGCAUGCACGCACAAGGGCAAUCUCCUGGAGCUGCACAUUUUCCCCAACAGGGGUCAUUCAACGUGGGCCAUCCCGAUCCGGUUCAAGGGAACGGUGGCAAUACAGGACCUGGGCGUGGCAUUCCACACACCAGUCAUCAGGGUCAUUCCAAUGGUAUAAACCAAGGCCAGGUGUUCGGAAAUACACAGGGAGGGACUAGCCAGACGGGUGCAGGUGCUGCAAGACCACCAGAUCAGCUUGACCUUCAGGUCAUACAAACACAGAGGAUUGGACCAAAUGGCGAGCAGCUGACUGAGAUACAGGUUCAGCUGGAUCCAAAUGGUCCAAAUGGCGCAAUGACUCAAGAAGAGCUUCAGCAACUUUUAGGUGACCCAGCAAUCAUGGACCAGAUUCGUCAGAUUGUCAGCAGCCAGACGGGAGGCAAUGGUCAGGUCCACGAAAUUAUCGUGGCUGCGCCAGCCACGGCCAACCAGGGUUUCGCGCAAUCACAAUUCCAAGAUCCACAGGCCUUUGGAGGAGCGGGUGCAUCACCUCAGGGAUCCACGAUGCAAGGGGCUCCCCAGACGCUGCAGUAUGCGUCAGGUCAGAACGAGGCUCAUGUACUAGAGUUCCAUCCGAGUGUCCCGCAGUUUCUCAUUGAUGAAUUACUUCGAUACCCGCAAUGGUCCUUACACUACAACGAAACACUCAUAGAAAUUAACGAUCUCAUGCGUGACCUGGCCGCUGCAUCUGUAACAACUGUACCACCACCCAGGCAGAACCAGAUGAAUCAGUUCCAGCCCGCCCAGCCACUCCCUGUCCAGGGUGUCCAGCCAGGGCUACUCCAGGGUCAAGGUGUGCAAGUUGGUCAUCUGGAAGGGGUCAACAUGAACCUUCAAGGGGUUCAUGUGGAUCAAGUUGGAAUGGGGCAUGGCCAUACACAUGGGGUGGGACAUAGUCAUGGUCAAGGUCAUGGAGGUAUGGGUCAAGGUCAGGGAACUUUUGAUCAAGGUCACAGAAGAAUAGAUCAAGGUCAUAGAAGCAUGCGACACAGUCAAGGUCAUGUCGGACAAAGUCAUGGGAAUAUUGGGCAAGGCAUUGGCGAUAUUGGACAAGGAAACAUGGGUCAAGGUCACAUGCAAUCAGUGCAAUUUGGUCAGUCCCAAAACAUUGGCCAACAAGGCUUAGGUAAUAAUUUUGGGCAACCUGGCUCUCAAUUUGAUCAGCAUCAGACUGGUGGAACAUUUAUUCAGAGAGCACCAACAUUUCAAGUAGAUCCCUUCUCAGCAAUAAAUGGAAAUAUUCAAGUCGACCCUAUACAGAGUGUGCACAUAGGUCAACAGACAGGGAACAUGGGCCGUGUUGACCUUUCAAGAAGCGGAGGGACGCAACGCUUCCAGAAUGUCGGUGCAAACACAGGCCAAGCUGAUCUUCAAAUAAUCUCAGCUCGGGAAAUGAAGUUCCCGCCAUGGAAAUGACCACCGACAACACUAAUCCUCAUGAGCAUGCACGUUUUUGUGUGUGUGUACUUACACUAUUUUAGUAUCUAUGAGGAUUGAUAUUUUGUACAAAAAUGAUUUGACCAAAUGCUUGUUAAUACACUAACAUUACACAUGGAAAGAUCAAGCAUUAAACCUGUGCCAUGGAUGUAAAUCUAAAACAUGGUACAUUUAUUAAGCUUGGUUCUUGCAGCGCUAAUGAAUCAUUCUGUGUAUCAUCUUUGUAAUUAUUUAUCAUUGAAUAUCUGGUCCAAAGAUCAGUCAAGUAUUGUUGAGUUUAUAUGUUUGCUAUUUGAAUGUAAACACAGACUAAUUCUGACUGCAUUUACUAAAACAUAUUGAAGAGAUUGUGAUGCUACACCUACUCACUUGUGCACAUCUUAAGGGUCGAGUAUGGUCCAGGUUUUUAAAAACGCGAUCCUGUCCUAUUUUGGAAACAUGAAUAAAGACACCUCAGAAGUCCAGCUUCUGUUGCCAUGGUCUUUCUGUCGUACCAUGUACAACAAAUUGAUAUAAGUUUAUCACCACGCCAUGUCAAAUGGGGAUCAACCAGUCUUAUAACAAGAAUGCAUCCUUUCCUAUAGCUUCCCACUGCCUCCCAUAAUUACAACCAAUCAAUCUAUGACAAAUCUGGUACAAAAGUUAUCAUUGCAAGUCCUUAAAGGGGGACAAGUCUCCACAAUCUGGUGCCAUGUUUAGUUUCAGUCUCACCUUCUAAUCACUGGCCUGAGUAUGAUACAUUGUUUGUGUGUAAUUGGGGUACUCAUCAACUACUAGAUUGACAUCCAUCACACAUAAUGGUUCUGAAAGACUUGAGCUAUAUUUCUGGCUCUGCCAAGCCUAGUUCUCUUUAAUGUACAUAUUGAGAUUGACUUUGUAGCUGUGCCUGUAUCAACUCUCCUGUAUGUUAUUGGUAUCUGCCUUCUGUUAGUGAAAAUGACCGUUUACUUUUAGACUGGAGUGUACCAAUCUGUGGUUUGCUUUCGACAGAGUUGCAUAACAAACGAAAUUCACAGCUACUAAGUCAAUAUGUUUACCUGGAGUGUUUUGUAGUAUUGUCAGAAUCAUUCGCGAAGUAUUUCUCUGGUACUGCUGAUCUGGAAUUUUGGUUGAAUAAAACGCAUAAAACAAA